AUGAGCGGACGCGGCAAAGCAGGAAAAUCGAAGGGAGGCAAAUCCAAGACCAGGUCGUCCCGCGCCGGACUCCAGUUCCCGGUCGGUCGUAUCCAUCGUCUGUUGAGAAAAGGAAACUACGCCGAACGUGUCGGAGCCGGAGCACCGGUAUACCUGGCCGCCGUCAUGGAGUACUUGGCAGCUGAAGUUUUGGAGUUGGCCGGUAACGCCGCCCGUGACAACAAGAAGUCUCGUAUCAUCCCCAGACAUUUGCAAUUGGCCAUCAGGAACGACGAGGAGUUGAACAAAUUGUUGUCCGGAGUAACCAUCGCUCAAGGCGGUGUGUUGCCCAACAUCCAAGCCGUGCUCUUGCCCAAGAAGACCGAGAAGAAGGCCUAACUUUGCUACCUUACCCUACAAACACAGUUUAAAACGGCCCUUUUCA